UACCAAGAAGAGAAGAAGCAAAUUAUUUAACUCAAAAAUCAGUGAUAAAAUCUUUAAAUUAGAAGAAAACGAAUCUAAAGAAAAUGUAGUGCAAAAUAAAGAGAGAGAUAACACGCUUGAGUCUAUAGAAAAUAAAAAUCCGGAUGAAAAUUCAGUUGCCUUAAAUGAAUCAGUCAACAAUUCAGGGAAGACAAAUACUACUUGUGCUAAAAACAAAAUAACGGAUUUCUUUCCUAGUCGUCGAAGUAGUCGGAUUACACCAAGCUUUUUGGAUGUAUAUCUUGCGUCUUCAAGUACUCAAAGAACAAGUAAACUUGGCUGUAAAUGAGCCCUUUUUGGAAAUAUUUACCUCAGAAACUAAAGGGAGAGGUUUACGCACACAACUUGCUUUCUCUAAGGAUGAGUUUGUAGUUGAAUAUAAAGGGGAUAUAAUAAAUAUGAAUAGAGCCAAACGGAGAGAAUAUGUUUACUCACUUGAUCCAAAAAUUGGUUGCUAUAUGUUUUAUUUUACGCAUAAUGAAAAGAAACUUUGUAUUGACGCUACAAAAGAAACAGGAGAUAAAGGACGUUUAGUCAAUCACAGCCGUUUGGUGCCUAAUUUAAAAGCUAAAAUAAUCGAUUUUGGUGAAAAAUAUCCUCAUUUAUGUCUAGUCGCAAUACGUGAAAUACAAAUUGGAGAAGAGCUUUUGUUUGAUUAUGGGGAUCGCACUGCCUUAACUGUUGAGAAGCAUCCUUGGCUUUUAAAUACAUAAAAAGAAAUUUUCUAAAAUUUUGGCAAAUUGUUGAAUUUUUGCAAUUUUUAAAAUAUUUUCUAGAUUUUUUGAAUCUCAAUUUUCUUUUUUCAUUCUUUCAAAUCUUUGCAUUUUUCAUGUUUUCUACCUUUCAAAUCUUUCAUUAUUUUACCUCUGAUUUUUACCUUUGAUUGUUGUUGAAUUUUUCAAUAUUAUAGCUUGUGUUUUUUUUUCAUUUUUCUUUUUUGUGUUAAGAUUAAAUCUGUUAAAAUUUUUCUAAUACUUGGGCCAAAAGAUCUCCUUGAUAACCGUGAUUUUCUAUCGUGAUCUCGUCUUGGUCCGAUCU